AUUGAUUUGGUUGCAAACAGUCGAUUCCAUUUAGAUGCCAUAUUUCAUAUCACUGCACACAUUUCAAGCUGGCUUGCUUGUGACAUUAUACCCUAAUCAUUAUCUCCUCACCAAACUCUACCUCUGACACUCAUAGGCGUUCACUUCCGGCUUCACGUUUUGAUGUCCCGCGGCACACGUCCAGAAGUCAUUCCUACAUCCAUCAGCCAUGUACAGUGAUCGUUGAUCAAGCUCAUUUUACUACACCCUGACCGGGCGAACUCCUCGACACCCCUAUCUUUGCGCGCAACCGGCGACACCUCGUACAGCCCCUCCUCUAACCCUCACUCGUCUCAUAUACAUGGCUGUUGCAAUGCAGUCUACAAUGUCCUCGGCGCAGGACGCCGACCUCAUGGACAUUGACAUUGACAUGGAUCUGGACGACCAUGGCCCACCUCUCGAUGAAGAAUUCGAUCUCGAAGAAGGCGAGGAACCAUCGUUUGUGCCCUCUGGCGCACAAGUCCAAGAUACCUCGGCCGUCAUUCCCGCCAUCUACACCGAAGACCCUGCUCUCGAACCACAAUGGAACAAAGUGCACAUCCGUGGCGUCGACGAAAUGCACACCAACGAUAUUCUGGGAUUCGUACACGACCACUUUAGCGAAGUGGGAGACAAUGUGCACGUUCAAUGGGUCGACGACACGUCCGCCAAUCUCUGCUUCAAGGAUAACGAUACAGCCAAACUUGCACAGCUGGCCUUUGUCGCGACGCCAAUCACCGAAGAACAGUUGAUCAAUGCCCCCUUCGAACUCCGAGCCGCAAAGCCCUUGGCAAGUAGGCCUGCAAGCAUGCUGGUGGUGAGGGUAGCGCAGCAGGGCGAUCGGAAGAAGAAAAACGCAAGGGAAGCAAGCAGAUACUACCUCCUCCAUCCUGACCAAGACCCCACCGAACGAAUGCGCCGUGAGUUCGCCGAUUCGAGGGUCGAGGCUGGCGACUACAGGCGAAGAAGAUUUGACGACAGAGAAAUGCACCGAAGGAGAAGAGGCAACAACGGUGACGAUGGAAGAGAAGAGUUUUCGGCAAACAUGUACGACGAUGCGCCUGCUACAGACACCGAAACAGCCGCGAGAGGCCGAGAUCUGUUCUCCAGAGUAGCAAAAGGUCGGCGGCGGAGCGCCAGCCCAAGCAGGCGAACGAGAAAUAGUGAUGAGAUUGAUAUCUCCGACUCAGAAGACGAUGGCCGCAACCGACGGAGAGGCUAUCGUGACCGCAACGACCGAAACCCACGGUCGAACGCCGGGAAAGAGCUCUUUGGAUCGGCCUCAGAGCGAAAAGGCGGCGGCUUACAUUCUGACCGUAUCGAUGUCUACCCGAACAAAGCUUCUGAUUCCGACGCGGCAAUGUCCAUCGAGCCAAACUCAGCGUCGUCCUCCUCGAGACCAGCAAACGACCCGGCGAAUUCGCGAGCGAACGCUGCGGCCGCCAAACGUCUCAAGGCAGACUUGCUGAGUGCGGCACAAACCAGUCCACGGUCGAAUCAUCGGAGGAGUCACGCCAUGGACGCCAAGAACGAGGAGGAUUUGGCACAACGAUUUGCCCGAAAAUCAAUCUCGAUCGAUAGUACAAAGUCGUUCAAAAACGGUGGUGGCCUCGCCAACACCGGCGUCGAACUGUUCCCGUCGAAUGGUAACGGUGGUGGUAUGAGCAUCAAGGGCUCCGCCGGUGGGGACGGCGGCGGCGGCGGGUUCAGCAUCAAGGGUUCUGGCGGACUGAGCAUCAAAGGACGAGCAGAGGCCAAGGAGCUAUUCCCCAACCAAUACCAGCGCGAGUCGGGACGGAACGAAGGAAAGGAGCUAUUCGACCAGCCUGUACGGGAGAAGAGGAUAAGGCGACGGGCUGGUGAUUUAUUUGAUUGAGAUGACCGUGACUUGUUGACGUCGGAUCUUUUGGACUGGUGUCCCUAAGGACCGAGAGAGAGAGAGAGGGAGGCGUUUGCCAUGUAAUGCAAAGGGUCCUGACGAUAUUGCAGACGAUGCAAGCAAGAGAAAAGAGAACAAAACAUGGACGUAGGCAGGUCUACGGACGAAAGGUCGAUGUCGCUCCAGAUUUGCCAUGAAUACCUAGGAACCUUACGUAAGUAUCAUACAGUAGCUAACGACGGUCAACGCUGGCAUUUGCGACAUUCCAUGGUUGGAUAUGGAGAUGAACAGAAUUAAAAAAAAAGGGUCGGAUCUCCUCCAUUUUACAUGCAUGUACAUGUCGUGAUUAGGUACUUUGUUGUUGAUUUGUGUUGCAUUGGUUCCCUUGCAA